AGAAUGUAACAAAGCAGAUCUGGGGCACCAUAGACUUCCAUAGUAGGAAAAAUACUAUGGAAUUGAAUGGUGCCCCUGAUCUGUUUGGUCUGUUAGCUUGGGUCAAUAAAACAACAACCACCCAAAGACUCAGAUCUAAAUGUCCUAUAAAAAUCUCAAAACACUUUUAGCAUCAUGGUUCUACAGUAAAUUUAAUCUGAAGUCCAUCAGUAUGCUGUAAGUAAAGAUUUUUGUUUCUUUAUGUGUCUGUCUUGAUAAAUAUUUACAUUUAUGCAUUUGGCAGAUGCUUUUAGUGACUUACAGUGCAUUUAAGGUAUACGUUACAUGGAUGAGGCCUGGUUUGAGGUUUGAACCCAUGGCUUUUUUGUGCUGCCCAUACAAUGAAAGCUACAUACGCUACAGUGGUUUUUAGAUGAUCGAGUUUAUAUUUUGUGCAUGAUAGAUAUUGUGGUUUUUCUGGUUGUUUAUUUUGAAUCACUUCCUCCGUUCUGUUUUCGUUUAUUUAACAUGUCAGUUGUAUGUGAUGGUGUUCCUCCUCUCUAUACUGUAGAUGUUCCUCUUGAGAAACCUGAUCCAGGUAUAUGGCAGGUCCAGCUGUACCUGUUGUUCAGAAUCACCAGGCCAUUUUAUUCCUUGCCUUACAUGAUGUGACCAUUUAAAAAAGUCAUUGGAACAGAGCGCAAAGUGAGAGCAGAUGGAAAGCUGAGGAGAGGCUGAAAGAAGGAGGAGACAAAGAGGAGGAGACGUAAGCUGGACUUUUUGUGGUCUCCGCUUGAAAAAGGAGUGUCUGGAUUGCUUACUAGAUCUACACACACUGCAGUGUCACCGAAGGACGCUUACGAGAAAUGAUGAGCAAUCUUUAAGAGGGAAAUAAGGAAGCCAUGUCCUUCUUUGGCCUAGACUGUACCCGGAGGAAAGAAAAAGAAGUGGAGAGGAAGAUCCGAGCGAACGAUAGAGAAUAUAACUUAUCUUUUAAGUAUGCUACGAACUCUAUCAAAACUUCCAAAUACAACGUUUUCACCUUUCUGCCUCUCAACUUGUUUGAGCAGUUUCAGAGGAUCGCCAACGCUUACUUUCUAUUUCUGUUCAUCCUGCAGAUUAUUCCUGCUAUUUCCUCUCUGCCGUGGUUCACCACCGUUGUGCCUCUGGUGUUAGUGUUGACAGUGACUGCAGCCAAAGAUGCCAUUGAUGAUAUCAAUCGUCACAGAAGUGACAGGCAGGUGAAUAACCGUAAAGUAAACAUACUUCUCAAUGGAAAGCUGAUAAGCGAGAAAUGGAUGAAUGUUCAAGUGGGUGACAUUAUCAAGUUAGAAAACAACCAGUUUGUUACAGCUGAUCUGCUCCUGUUAUCCACCAGUGAACCUCUAAACUUGGUCUACAUUGAGACUGCAGAGCUUGAUGGAGAAACUAACCUGAAGGUGAAGCAGUCUCUCACUGUAACAGGAGACAUGGGCGAUAAUCUGGAGGCUUUGGCUGCAUUCAGUGGAGAGGUGUGUUGUGAACCUCCUAACAACCGCCUGGAUCGCUUCACGGGCACACUGACAUGUGCCACACAGAAACACUCAUUAGACAAUGACCGGGUCCUGUUGAGGGGCUGCACCAUCCGAAACACAGACUGGUGUUUUGGCCUUGUGCUCUUUGCAGGACCUGAAACCAAGUUAAUGCAAAAUUGUGGGAAAAGCACCUUUAAAAGAACCAGUAUUGACCGACUCAUGAAUGUGCUGGUUCUCUUUAUUUUUGGGCUUCUGGCUCUGAUGUGCAUUAUUCUGGCUGUGGGAAAUGGGAUGUGGGAAUACCAAGAGGGAUCAAAGUUUAAAGUCUUUCUUCAGAGGGAACAGAACACAGCAUUAUCUGCCUUCCUUACAUUCUGGUCUUACAUUAUAAUUCUCAACACUGUGGUGCCCAUCUCACUUUAUGUCAGUAUGGAAGUGAUUCGAUUAGGCAACAGUUACUACAUUAACUGGGACAGAAACAUGUAUCAUGCUCGAUCGAACACGCCGGCCGAAGCCCGAACCACGACCCUCAACGAAGAGCUCGGUCAGAUCAAAUACAUUUUCUCGGACAAGACCGGCACUCUCACUCAGAACAUCAUGACUUUCAACAAGUGCUCCAUCAAUGGGAAAUGUUACGGAGAUGUUAUUGAUCAGUACAGUGGACAGAGACUGGAGAUCACAGAGGAAAUGACGCCGGUGGAUUUCUCCUUCAACCGGCUGGCGGACCCAAAGUUCCUCUUUUAUGAUCACAGUCUGGUGGAAGCUGUGAAGUUGGAGUUUGAAGAGGUUCAUGCUUUCUUCAGAUUGCUGGCUCUCUGUCACACUGCCAUGGCUGAGGAGAAACAGGAAGGUGAUCUGGUGUAUCAGGCUCAGUCUCCUGAUGAAGGUGCUCUGGUCACCGCCGCACGUAAUUUCGGUUUUGUGUUCCGCUCCCGAAGCCCUGAGACAGUCACAAUAGAAGAGAUGGGGAUUCAGAGAAGCUACGAGUUGCUGGCCAUUCUGGACUUCAACAACGUACGCAAGCGCAUGUCUGUGAUUGUUCGUAAUCCUGAGGGCAAGCUCACUCUGUACUGUAAAGGAGCAGAUACCAUUAUAUAUGAGAGACUGGCUCCUUCCUGCAGUAAACUAAUGGAGGCUACCACAGAGCAUCUUAAUGAAUUUGCUGGGGAGGGAUUGAGAACGCUUGUUUUAGCUUAUAAGGAUCUGGAUGAAGAAUAUUUUUCAGAGUGGAAACAGCGCCAACAUGAGGCCAGUGUAGCACUGGAUGACCGGGAGGAGAAGCUAGACAAAUUAUAUGAAGAGAUAGAAAAAGACAUGCUGAUAAUUGGGGCCACAGCAAUAGAAGAUAAACUUCAAGAUGGAGUCGCUCACACUAUUGAGCAGCUGGCCAAAGCAGAAAUCAAGAUCUGGGUGCUUACUGGGGACAAACAAGAGACCGCUGAGAACAUCGGUUAUUCCUGUAAUCUACUGCGGGAGGAAAUGAAUGAUGUGUUUAUCAUUUCAGCUAACUCAUCUGAGGAGGUCAGACAGGAGCUGAGGGAUGCCCGUCUAAAGAUGUGUCCUGCUACAGAACAAGCAAAAUUCCUUAAUCCUGAGGUUAUAAUGGGAAACACUCCUGAAGUGGUGCCGGAUGAACAGGCCAAUGGAGAUUAUGGAUUGGUGAUAAAUGGACACAGCCUGGCGUUUGCUCUGGAGAGCAGCAUGGAGGUGGAGUUUUUGCGGACGGCAGGCAUGUGUAAGACCGUGAUCUGCUGUCGGGUGACUCCUUUACAGAAAGCUCAGGUCGUGGAGCUUGUCAAGAAAUAUAAGAAAGCCGUCACUCUGGCCAUAGGAGAUGGGGCCAAUGAUGUUAGCAUGAUUAAAGCGGCCCACAUUGGUGUGGGUAUCAGCGGUCAGGAGGGGAUGCAGGCUGUGCUGUCCAGUGAUUUCUUCGCUCAGUUUCGUUUCCUGCAGCGCCUCCUGUUGGUGCAUGGCCGCUGGUCGUACCUACGCAUGUGCAAGUUCCUGCGCUACUUUUAUAAGAACUUCACCUUUACUUUUGUGCACUUCUGGUAUGCAUUUUUUUGCGGCUUCUCUGCUCAGACAGUAUAUGAUGAAGGCUUCAUCACUUUAUAUAACUUGGUUUACACCGCCCUGCCUGUUCUGGGAAUGAGUCUGUUUGACCAGGAUGUGAAUGCGGAUUGGAGUCUUGAGUUUCCUCAGCUGUAUGUACCGGGCCAAUUGAGUAUGUUCUUCAGUAAGCGUGCUUUCAUAAUGUGCGCGCUUCACAGCUGUUACAGCUCUUUAGUUCUGUUCUUCGUGCCUUACGCCGCCAUGUACAACACAGCGAGAAACGACGGAAGGGAAGGUGGAGAUUAUCAAUCAUUCGCACUGAUAACUCAGACAUGCCUCACCGUCACUGUGUGUGUGCAGCUGAGCCUGGACCUUUCGUACUGGACUGUUGUUAACCAUCUCUUUGUCUGGGGAAGUUUGGGAAUGUUUUUCAUAAUGACCUUCUCCAUGUAUACCGAUGGACUUUUCCGGUUACAUCCACCAUCUUUUGCAUUCGUAGGAACUGCCCGCAAUUGUCUUAAUCAAUCCAAUGUUUGGUUGACUGUCGCAUUGACAGCCACAUUGUGCGUUUUGCCCGUGCUUGCUUAUCGCUUCCUGUGCAAUCAGAUCUCUCCUACUAUGAAUGACAAGGUGAGGUAUAAGGUUCAUCAAUUAAAGGGACCUGCACCCCGUCCGCGCCGCACUAAGCUCGUCCGCAGGAGCACGCGUCGGUCCGGUUACGCCUUUUCACACGCCCAAGGUUACGGCGCCCUCGUGACCUCUCGCAGAUUUCUGCGCCGCUCCGCGCCUGUACGUUCUACAGGAUUCACUCCCACGGGACGUUCUCCUGGGUUCAAGCCCACGGGUCGAUCUGCAGGGUACAGUCCGGCCGGGCGAGAACAGAACCCAAAACAAAAAGUGGAACCCACAUCACUGCAGGUGUUCCGGGCGGUUAAAGACUCUUCUUUCUGAGGCUGGAUUUGCGGGGAACUUUUAAGCCAGAUCCAGAACCACCAAACCACUUGAACUCAUGGGGACAAUGUUAAAAUGUAUAUAAAUAUAUACGCACACUAAGAACAAUGGACUUUAUAUGCAAAUUUACGAAACCAGGGCCAGUGCAUAGACACUUCUAUCUGUUAGUCCCUAUUAUAAGCUCAAUGCAAAUGUGGUUUAUAGCAAAGACGACGUCUGGAAGUACUCAUGUUGAGUACCAUGAGGGCAGCAGACAUAAGGGACUUAAAAAAAAGGCAUAAUGAUGUCAGAGAGGAUGUUAAAAUAGAGAAAGGCAUGAAUGCUCUAUAACAAGAGUCCUGAUUUUAUUUUAAACAUCAUUUCAUUUAUUCAAAAAAAAAAGAUGGCUUAUUAGGGAUACUCAUGCUUUGUAAUUUUUUUUAAUUGGGUGACAAUAACAACAGAAUUAAACUUUGUACACUCUGCAGUUUUUGGAUUUCACCACAUAAUAAUUUUAAACAAUGAGUAAAAAGCAAAACUAGCAGUAUUGGUACAUGUCAUUCAAUUUAGGGCUGUGUAUUGGUAAGAAUCUCGCAAUAUGAUACAUAUUGUUGUGAUACAAUUUGUUUCGAUACAUAUACUGUAAAUCGAGACGUGUAUUUUUUGAGAAUCGGUACAAUAUUCAAAUAUAACAAAUAUCAUGAUACUCACAUGUAACAAUAUUUACUUGCGCCCUUAUUUCAAAAUGAUGGAAUAUUUGUAUCAGCGCAGAUAUUUUGUAUUGUGCAUCCCUACCAUAUAUAUUUUCAUAAUUUAAUCAAAGUAAUCAGUUUCUUGAACCAAAAUCCACUCAAUUAAGUUUCUUAACCUCUAUGUGACUGUUAAAAAUGAACAGACUGUUUUUGCUACUGCACUAUUAAGACCUCUUUGACAUCACAAAGUUUUGCAGCUUAGCUAUGCAUGGCCUUUUUGUACGUAGUAUGUUUACAUAGCACAUCAAACUCUUUAAUUU